AAGGAACAGUAAAUAUCAAGACUCGGAAAAAACACGGCCGGUUUCGAAUCGCUGCGGAGAGCAGACGUCUGGCCGGUCCGGCAAAGUACGACUUCGGAAUAGUUAGAUGUAGUUGGUCCUCGCGUGUGUUAGACGCCACUGUGAGUAAGACGUCGUCCCGUCUUUCUCCAGCCUACAGAGCGCCAUGCCCACCACGUUAGUUAUGUAACUGUUGCACUGCCCCAGCGGCCCAGCGCGCCUUCCCAGCAGCCUCACUGCUAGCUCAAACGCGUCUUUCAUCCCCUCGUAGAGUACACGCGACGCGAACCCUCACCACCCUCACCACCCUCACCACCCGCCACCCUCACCUCCCACCUCCCACUGCACAACGCCAACGCAAUGCCCCCCCCAACCAUCGCCUCCAGCAGCAAGCCCGCGCCGACUGGCGCGCCGUCAUCCGACAAGACCUCGUACGAGCUGCCAUGGGUGGAGAAGUACCGGCCGCAGUUCCUCGACGACAUCGUGGGCAACGAGGAGACGAUCGAGCGGCUCAAGAUUAUCGCGAAGGACGGGAAUAUGCCGCACGUGAUUAUUUCGGGCAUGCCCGGGAUUGGGAAAACUACCUCGGUGCUGUGUCUGGCGCGUGCGCUCCUCGGCGAGGCCUAUAAGGAGGCCGUGCUGGAGCUGAAUGCGUCCGACGAGAGGGGGAUUGAUGUCGUGCGCAACCGGAUCAAGGGGUUUGCGCAGAAGAAGGUCACGCUGCCGCCUGGGAGGCAGAAGAUCAUUAUUCUCGAUGAGGCGGAUAGUAUGACGGCAGGCGCACAGCAGGCCCUGCGGCGGACAAUGGAGAUCUACUCGUCGACGACGCGGUUCGCGUUCGCGUGCAACCAGAGCAACAAGAUAAUCGAGCCGCUGCAGUCGCGCUGCGCGAUCCUGCGGUACUCGCGGCUGUCGGACCAGCAGGUCGUGAAGCGGCUCAUGGAGAUCAUUGAGGCGGAGGCGAUCGAGUACAGCGAGGAAGGGAUUGCGGCGCUCAUCUUCACCGCCGAGGGCGACAUGCGCCAGGCUAUCAAUAACCUCCAGAGCACCGUCGCGGGCUUCGGGUUCGUCAAUGGUGAUAAUGUCUUCAAGGUCGUGGAUACGCCCCACCCGAUCGCCGUCCAGACGAUGAUCAAGGCGUGCUACGAGGGCCGCAUUGAUGCCGCGCUGGAGAAGCUCGAGGAGCUGUGGAGUAAGGGGUAUUCGGCCGUGGAUGUGAUCAGUACCAUGUUUCGGGUCACGAAGACGGUCGAUACGCUCAGCGAACACUCGAAGCUGGAGUUCAUCAAGGAAAUCGGAUUCACGCACAUGCGCAUCCUGGAAGGCGUUUCCACCCUGCUGCAGCUCAAGGGGUGCGUCGCAAGGCUUUGCAAGAUCAACAUGAACCCGAAACUGUUCGUGAUGGCGAAGUCGACUUGA